GCCGUCCGCGCCCAGAAAUCUUGCUCUAACUUCAGUCUCGUCCUUUGACCGGUGUUUAACCUCCGCUUCGGAAUCGGUCUGCACCCAGGUCCAGGGAACCGAAAUUUCUAUUCCGGAAGGGUUCCGACUCGGCAGGCGGAAGUGAGCCGCAGCUCGCUCCGUCUCUUCCGAAGGAAAAGGAUUUCCGCAGUUGGAGUCCGGCUUGGCGACCCAUCGCCCCACGGACCUGGCCAUCCUGGCGCCUACUGGAAUCUAAGUCGUGCAGAUUAAAGAGAAAUGAAUAUCUUCAUUUUCCGCUUUGACGCAUAAGUUUCCCUGACAUGUCCUUGGAGUCACAGAAGAAUUUGUUUACACAUUUUAACAUUAGCCAAAGGAUGGACAUUACCAGUUUGUCCUGUGGAAGUCUGCUUUCUGGGGACCAAGUCUGCAGUCAAGGGGAGGAAACAGAGGGAGAAACCGUAUUGGUUGAUUGCCUGAGAAGCUCUAGUAAGGAUUUGGUGACCUUUCAGGAUGGUGCUGUGGAUUUCAGUCAAGAGGAGUGUACUACAAAGGAUCCAACUCAGAACACACCCAGUGAUGUGACAGUGGAGGACUAUAAAAACCUGGCCUCUGUAGGAUGUCAGACACUUACCAAACCCAGUGCUUUGACUUGUUUGAAAGAAGAAUUGGUGAGCACACAGAGAGAAGUUCUUCAAGAAUUGGAAAAACAACUACAAACCAAAGAUUUAGCACUAGAGCAGGAUUUUUUGAUAAGACGUACCUUCAUGGAGACUCAGCAGGUGGAUGCAGUGACCUUUGAAGAUGUGACUGUGGACUUUACCCAGGAAGAGUGGACUUCACUGGAUCCUAUUCAGAGAAAUCUCUACAGAGAUGUGAUGCUGGAGAACUACCAGAACCUGGCCACAGUAGGAGGUCAGUUGUUUAAACCCAGCCUGAUCUCUUGGUUGGAGAGGAAAGUAGAGUUGACAGUAAUGGAGCAAGGAAUUCUCCAAGAAUGGGAAAUGCACCUGAAGACAAAAGGGACAGCUCUUCAGCAGGAUUUAUUUUGGUCAGAUAUGUCAAAUGGAAUGCAACUGGGAAGAGAACACAAUAGAGAGGUGCUUGGUGACUCUAUACAAGUUGGAACAGUUUUCAGUGAAGAUUCAUGCCCUGGGACUCACAUAACUACUUCAAAUACAGAGAAUUUGUAUGGAGAAGACUUUCUGCCACCACUUAAAGAAAAUUCUACCGAAGAGAACAUUCUUCAGCUGAACCAGCGUGUAAAACCCUUUACCUUGACUCCAGAUGUUUCCCAGAAAAUGUGCACUGUGGAAAAAUCCUUUGAAUGCUGCAAAUGUGGGAAAACUUUCGUUAAUCAGUUAGAACUGCAGGCACAUAGUUCUUCUCAUAGUGAAAAGAAUCUUCACAAAUCAGAGCAGUUUGAGCAAGCUUUCACUCAUCCUAUAAGCCAUGACGAUCAUGUUGUAAUUCCCACUGGAAAAAAAUACUAUGAAUGUAAGAAGUGUGAAAAAAUCUUUACACAUUCUGUCUACCUUAAUAUCCAUAUGCAAAGCCACACCUCGGAGAAACCCUACGACUGUAAGGAGUGUGGGAAAGCCUUCACUGAGCGCUCGAGCUUAAUUGUACAUCUACGACAACACACUCGAGAGAAGUCUUAUGAGUGCAAGGAAUGUGGGAAAACCUUUAUUCAACCUUCCCGCCUUACAGAACAUAUGAGAAGUCAUACAGGAGAGAAACCCUAUCAGUGUGACCAGUGUGGGAAUGCCUUUGCGUCGUCGUCUUACCUCACUACACAUUUGAGAACUCAUACUGGAGAGAAGCCCUUUGAGUGUAACAUAUGUGGGAAGGCGUUUACACGUUCUUCUUACCUGUUAGGUCACAUACGAACUCACACAGGAGAAAAACCCUAUGAAUGUAAAGUAUGUGGGAAAGCGUUCAGUGGCCGUUCUUGGCUUACAAUACACUUACGAAAACAUACUGGAGAGAGGCCCUAUCCAUGUACAGAAUGUGAGAAAGCCUUCACCAGCUUUGCUCAACUAACUGAACAUAUAAAAACUCACACUGGUGAGAAGCCCUUUCGGUGUAAGGUAUGUGCAAGGACCUUCAGAAAUUCCUCAUGCCUUAAGACCCACUUUCGAAUUCAUACUGGAAUAAAACCAUACAAAUGUAAUUACUGUGGGAAAGAUUUCACAGCACGCUCAGGCCUUACUAAGCAUGUACUAAUUCACAAUGGUGAGAAACCCUAUGAGUGUAAGGAAUGUGGGAAAGCCUUCAGUACAUCCUCUGGCCUUGUUGAACAUAUAAGAAUUCAUACAGGAGAGAAGCCCUUUGAAUGUUACCAGUGUGGGAAAGCCUUGGCUCAUUCCUCAUCUCUUGUUGGACAUUUAAGAACUCACACAGGAGAGAAACCUUUUGAGUGUAAUCAGUGUGACAAAACAUUUACACGAUCUUCUUAUCUUCGUAUUCAUAUGCGAACUCACACGGGAGAGAAACCAUAUGAAUGUAAAGAAUGUGGGAAAACUUUCCCUGAGCGCUCAUGCCUUACUAAACACAUAAGAACACAUACUGGUGAAAGGCCCUAUGAAUGUAAGGAAUGUGGGAAAGGCUUUAUUAGUUUUGCUCAACUUACUGUACACAUGAAAACUCACAGUUCUGAGAGACCUUUUCAGUGUAAGGUGUGCACAAAAUCCUUUAGAAACUCCUCAUCCCUUGAGACCCACUUUCGAAUUCACACUGGAGUAAAACCCUAUAAAUGCACUUACUGUGGGAAAGACUUCACUGCUCGUUCAGGCCUUACUAUACAUUUACGUAAUCACACUGGCGAAAAGUCCUAUGCAUGCCAAGAAUGUGGAAAAGCCUUUAGCACUUCCUCAGGCCUUAUUGCACAUAUAAGAAGUCACAAAGGAGAGAAACCCUUUGAAUGUGACCACUGUGGGAAAGCCUUUGCUUCUUCCUCUUAUCUUAAUGUGCAUUUGAAAAUUCACACUGGAGAAAAGCCCUUUCAGUGUACUGUAUGUGGAAAAACAUUUACAUGUUCUUCUUAUCUUCCCGUUCAUAUGCGAACUCACACUGGAGAGAAGCCUUUUCAGUGUAUAAUAUGUGGAAAGUCAUUUUUAUGGUCCUCGUACCUUCGAGUUCACAUGCGAAUUCACACUGGAGAGAAACCCUAUGUAUGCCAGUACUGUGGAAAAGCCUUUACAGAGCACUCAGGCCUUAAUAAACAUUUACGGAAACACGCAGGAGAGAAACCAUAUGAAUAUAAGGAAUGCAAGGAAGCCUUCACUACUUCUGCUGAUGCUAAUAAACAUGAAAAUCCCCAUUGGGGGGAAAACCUUUGAAUGUAAGGAAUUCAGAAAAUUGUUCUGGAGGCCCUUGAUCCAUCCUUUGCAAUCAGAAUUCGGUCUAUACAAAUUCUAUUAAUAUAAUAAGCAAUGUAUGAAAGCAUUCAGUUUUUGCUAUGUGCUGUAAAAACUCAUUCUGAGGAUGCUCUGAGUUUAAGGAUAAUGGGAGAGAUCAAAAUCUCAUGAUAUGUGAACUCAGUCAAGGUUUGUAGUAUAGGAAAUGAAAACCUUUAGUGUCUCCAUGUGUUUGAUGCAAGACAUAUAGAAAUGUCAUAGAUUUUUAAGUUUCUUUGUUCACUUGUGAUCUCACAGUUGAGAAAAAAAUCUUUCUGAAGUUUGGGUAAUAACUUUUUACAUUUGUCUUUAUGUGGUGUUUACAGACUGAACACAAACUACAUAUGUGUAAUAGGGGAUUUGCUUCAUUUGGAUGGCAACACAUAGAUUUCCUGGGUGCUUCUAGAUGAACUUUGAAUAUUCCUAUAUUUGUGUAUUUUUAUGACUUCAAUUAUAAAUUUCUAAAUUCCAUUAUAGGUUUUCCUUUUUAAAAUAUUCCUAUUUGGUAUGAUUGAAAACUAUUGUUUAUACCUAGUGUCUUCUAGUAUAUGUGUUGGCAUUGUGAACUAAUGAACACAAACUCUCAUCUACUCACUACUUGUUAUUUUAUUUGUUGUGCCCUGCACUCCCUCUGCACUGUCUGCUUCCCUCCCUUUUUUCUGUUUUUUCCCAGUCAGUCUUACUUUGUGACCUAGACUAGUAUGAAUAUCAUGUAGCUUAGACUGGUCUUGAGUUCAUGGCAUUCCUGGCUGAGUCUCUUGAGUGCUGAGAUUUACAGGUACAAGCCACCAUACCUGGCUCUGUCUACUGUCUUAAGUAUAUACUUUACCAACACUGAAAUCACUGUGUUUUUACAUAGUGUUCAAGUACUUACUUAAGUGGGUUUGCAUCUGACCAAUACAACCCCUCUAUUUGAGUUCCCAGUCUCUGGUAGCCAUUAUCUCCUUCUCUGAUUAGAGUUCAGCUUUUCUUUAGACUCUACUUGUUAAGUCAUGUAGUAUCUGUAUUAUCUGUAUUAACUGUUUUUUAUUUUUUUGUGACAGGAUCUUACUUUGUAGCUCAAACUGACCCCAAACUUACCUUUCUGCCUCAGACUUUAGUGCUGGAGUUUCAGGCAUGUGCCAUCAUGCCUAGCUCUUUAUAUGGCUUCUGUUAGUUUAUACGAUGUCCUCAAGGUAGAGUUGUGUUAUGGUCAGUUAUUUCAUUUUAAAACAUUUAAUUAUCCUUUGGUAUGUUUAUGGAUACUUAAUUUCCAUACCUUGGCUAUUGGGAGUAUUGCUGCAUGAAUGUGAGUGUAGCUGUCUCUUUAAAUUAUUGAUCUUAUGUCCUCAGACACAAUCUCCAAAAUGGGUUUGUUAUAGUAAUGAUAAAUGUACUUUUAAUUCAGUAUGUCUGUACUAUUCUGUAAUGACUAUCAAUUUAUUGUUUAUCUUUUUACUUUUUCUAUGUGCCCUUUUAAAAUAUGAGAUGGUACCUUCAUAGUUUUGAUUCUUUCUAAUCUAUAAGUCAUUUGUAUGUCUUUGCUAAAAAUAUUAAUUUCAGUUAUUAAUUUUAAGAUCAGUGUUAUUUUGCUGUGAAGUUACCUGAGUUACUAUAUUUUAGACACAGACCCCACUGUAAUAUAUAUGGUUUGCAGAUAUUUUUCCAUCUGUGUACAUGCCUUUUCAGAUUUAUUUUCUGCUCUGCUUUGCAAAAUCUUCAGUUUGAUGUUGCCCUAGUUCUUCAUGUCAGUUCCAAAAUUCUUUGCUGGUGUGUCAGGAAGCAUUUUUAGAGUUUUAUUAUGUCACAGUUUUAGAUUUUAUUUUCAGAGUUUUGUUUAUUGGAGGCGAUCUUACUAUGUAAUCUGAAAUAGCAUGGAACUUACUGUGUAGACCAGGCUAGACUUAAACUUGCAGCAGUAUUUCUUCCCCAGGCUUCCUGAGUGCUGUGGUUUGGGGUAUGAACCAGCCUACCCAACUUAACUGUAUUUCUUCUACUAUUAUUUAAUUUUAUUUCCUUUUUCCUUGACCUCUGAGUUUAUAUCACUACACAUACCAUAGUUAGUGGUGCACUUAUUUUGCUUGCCUAUCCAUUUUUUUUUCAGUUUCUUUUAUUUGUUAUGUUUUUUAAUGUUAUGAUAAUUUUGUUGAAAAUUUGGUUAUCAACAUUUGUGUUUUGGUGCUUGGAAUUGAACUAGUGGCCUCAUGAAUGCUAGGCAUGUGCUCUACCCUUAAGCUACAGUUCUAAACUCAUUGUUGAAAUUAUUUUGACUGUAUAAGAGUUUUGGUUUUGUUUUGACUUUUUUUUGGUUUUAUGGUUUGUUUUUUGU